AUGGGAAGCUUGGAUAGUGAUGAGUUUAGUGACCUAUUUCCGGAUUAUGAAAACAACACUUCCAGCUCAGGCAUAGAGACAAAUGUCUGCAGAAAUGAGAGUCCAUCAGAUGCGAUUAAGUACUUUGUGCCACGUAUCUAUGUUCUGGUAUGCCUCCUGAGCCUGGUGGGCAACUCUCUGGUGGUGCUGGUGGUCGCCUGCAACAAAGGAAACCGUUCCGUCACUGAUGUCUAUCUCCUGAACCUAGCCAUUGCCGAUUUCCUCUUUGCCCUCACAUUGCCCAUCUGGGCUGUCCAGUGGGUUCAUCAAUGGAUCUUCGGCACCUUCAUGUGCAAAACCAUCUCUGCCCUGAAGGAAGUCAACUUCUACAGUGGCAUCCUCCUCUUGGCCUUCAUCAGCAUCGACCGCUACCUGGCAAUCGUUCAUGCUACUCGGGCAGCCAUUGAGAAAAGGCACUGGGUCAAGUUUGCCUGCCUUGGCAUCUGGCUGUUCUCUUUCCUCCUUUCCCUCCCUAUGAUCCUCUACCCUGAGGUUGUGUUUGUACAUAAUUUCACCUCCAUGGUUUGUUAUGAAGUCAUUGCAGGGGAGAAAACAUCUCAUUGGAGGGUGGUGCUGAGAAUCCUGCCACAAGUGAUUGGCUUCAUCAUCCCAUUGACCAUCAUGCUCUUUUGUUUCAGCAUGACAGUGCACAGGCUCUUUCAGACCAAGAACAGCCAAAACAAGAUAGCAAUGAAAGUCAUUUUGGCUGUGGUGCUAGUCUUCCUGGUCUGCUGGUUGCCCUACAAUAUCUCCCUGUUUGCUGAUUCCUUGCUAAGGACUGGUGCUAUCAAGGAAACAUGUGACCGUCGUAACAGAAUUGAUGCAGCUCUUGUGGGUACUGAAAUCCUGGGAUUUGCUCACUGUUGCAUCAACCCUAUCAUAUAUGCCUUUAUAGGGCAGAAGUUCCGGAACAACUUCCUCAAGAUCCUGGUCACGCGAGGGAUCAUCAGCAAAGAGACCCUCUCACGGUACAGAAGGGGCUCCUCCUUCUCAUCUUCCUCUGGCAACACCUCUACUGCUCUGUAA